CCCACGGAGCCGCGAGCAGCGCGGACGGCAGCUGACGAUCCGGUUUGAGCGCUGGUUACUGCUAGUUAGUCGCCGGUUAUCCCGCUGGUUAGCACGCAGCACCUUCCGCUUCCCACUCGGGUUUCGUCAUGGUGUCGAGAAUGGAGGAGGAUCCGCCGGUGCCAGCAGAGCUAUCCUUUGAAGAGAGGGAGGAGUUGGAGAACAUUAGACGAAGGAAGAAGGAGCUGAUGGCUGACAUUGAGAGGUUGAAAGACGAGAUUGCUGAAGUAAUGAGUGAGAUUGAGACUCUGACUUGUACUGAUGAAAGUAAAACAACCCCAAAGGAAUAAACAAAUGGCGAUGGACGAAAGAAAUUCAAUAUGGAUCCCAAAAAGGGUAUACAGUUUCUAAUAGAAAAUGACCUUCUCCAGAACACUCCUGAAGAUAGCCAGUUCCUAUACAAGGGGGAAGGAUUGAAUAAAACUGUCAUUGGGGACUAUUUGGGUGAAAGAGAUGAAUUUAAUCUUAAGGUUCUACAAGCAUUUGUCGAGCUUCAUGAGUUUGCUGACCUUAAUUUAGUACAGGCUCUGAGGCAAUUUCUGUGGAGCUUCAGGCUGCCAGGAGAGGCACAGAAAAUAGACCGCAUGAUGGAAGCAUUUGCCUCGCGUUACUGUCAGUGCAAUCCAGGGGUCUUCCAGUCAACAGACACUUGCUAUGUGUUAUCAUUUGCCAUAAUUAUGCUGAAUACAAGUUUGCAUAAUCCCAACGUGAGGGACAAACCUGCUGUUGAAAGAUUUAUAUCCAUGAACCGAGGCAUCAAUGAAGGUGGGGACCUUCCAGAAGAGUUACUCAGGAACUUGUACGAUAGUAUUAAGAAUGAGCCUUUCAAAAUCCCUGAAGACGAUGGGAAUGAUUUGACCCACACGUUCUUUAACCCUGACCGCGAAGGCUGGCUACUAAAAUUAGGAGGAAGAGUAAAAACAUGGAAAAGACGAUGGUUCAUUCUCACAGACAAUUGUCUCUAUUACUUUGAAUACACAACAGACAAAGAACCGCGAGGAAUAAUUCCUUUGGAGAAUCUCAGCAUCCGGGAAGUUGAAGAUCCAAGAAAGCCCAACUGCUUUGAGCUUUUCAAUCCCAGCCACAAAGGCCAGGUAAUCAAAGCCUGCAAAACGGAAGCUGACGGCCGGGUGGUAGAAGGGAACCACGUUGUGUAUCGAAUAUCAGCACCAACACCAGAGGAGAAGGAAGAGUGGAUAAAGUCAAUCAAAGCCAGUAUCAGCAAAGACCCCUUUUAUGACAUGCUGGCCACCAGAAAAAGAAGAAUAGCCAACAAGAAGUAACCCCGCAAGGAAACUGAUUUGUGCCUUGCAGGUGCUCAUCUGCUUGAAACACACCAGUCUUUGGAAGCUUUAUAGUGAAAGAAAUGAAGGAAGCUACCUGAUCCAGGGCCUUGUGAUUGGAAUUUAUUGGACAUUCCUCUGCCGAGGUUUAUAGAGAAGUCUCACUUUAAAAAAGUGUUUUUAACACAAAACCUUUUACCCAGAAGCAACGUGCAGCUGUGUGAAAUUCUACUUUUUUAAAAAAAAGACUUUUGCACCAACUACUUUCUGUGGGGUGGGUGGGGUCACGAUAUCAGGGCACCUCUACCUCAGCUGGUCUGAGGCUGGAGCACAGGAGCACGGAUGGCUGGUCUGAAAAAGUGGGCUGCAUCAACUAGGAGAAACUACUUUCCAUCAAUGUUUAUCUAUAGUCAGAACUAUAAUCAAGUAUUAGUUUGAGUCCAAGAAUGUGACAGAUACAUUAUAAACGGUUGUACUAAGUUCUUUGUUAGAAUGAAUAAAAGCAUAGACAAGAGAGCACUAAUCAUUCUUACAACUAGAGAACCAUGAGUGCUGUUUUUGGCACAGGGGGAGUGGAAGCAAAAGUUCUCGCCAAGAACUUUAUUUAAUAUAAUCUGCACUACAACAUGGUAAAAAUUGUAUAUUUAUUUUCUUAGUGCAAUUGCAAAAAUGUUUGUAUUGUAAUUGUUUAAAAAUCUAAACCUUUUAAAUUAUAUGUAAAUAUUGUACAGAUUGUUUUAUUGAUACUAACACUAUGAUACAUGUUAAAACUAUUGUUAAUGGCCUGUAGAAAUAAAACCUAUUACAAUUAGGAACAAAAAGACA